CUUGACUGGAGCUACAGUACUGCCACUGUACCUAUUCAAAUCUCCUCAACCUCCGAUCCUCCGACCUUCUCGCAUGAAAGCUCAGGUGAGCCUCGAGAUAGGCAGUAGUAGGGGGAGACAUGGCCCCUGCCGACCCUCUUAUCGAUGUCUUUGGACGUCCCGUACCCACGUUUCGUCCAGCUCGCACUCCUGUCGUCGAGGAAGCCACCAGAUGACGGCCCGGGUACACUAUCAGUCUGCCUCGCUUGCGGUGUUUGGGCCUUACACGACUUAAGGUUCGAUAAGCGAUGCAAACGAUCCCUGGCCAGUGAUUGGUGUCUGCAAGACACAAGGUUUCAGGCAGUGAUUGUCCUCGACGAUCUACAGGACGAUCAUAUUGUUUUGCUGAAUCUCAUGGUCGAUUGGUUGGUUGGGGCGAGCCAUGAAUGGAUGAUCUUCCUGCCCCGGCUAAGGCUAGCACCCCAGCGGUGUCUGGCCUGGGUGUAACAGCAUCCUCACUGCCAUGGAGAACUCCAAUGUUGUAUGUGGUUUCAAAGCAAGACCUCCAGCAGUCAGUCCCGAAGGAAUCUACCGCUCCGAACUCUUUGUCUAGCCGGGGGUCUAUUUUGACUCCUGCAUAUUGGCUUGAGCUUGAAAAUGAGGUGGCUUGCUGGGAUGUCAUACCCUGUCUUUAUCUGAGUUCCCUGAAGGAUCCCACCUGUACCUACCAUUGCACAAGCCUCCCGGCUCGGACUUUGGUAGGAUGCCAAUCCAAGCAGAAGGAGGCUCUGGCGAACCACGAACGUGGGCCGAAGUCGUUCUAACAAUACCAACAACGGUAAGUCGGCGCCGAUGCGCAUACUGCAGGAUGCUUAUUGGGAUUUCCUUACUUUCGUCGAAGCCCGGGGUAAGCCUUCGGCCGUUUCCAGGCGCGUUCCUCUGGUAUAUGAUCAUCGGCGUCUGUUCGUUCUCCCAACUUUUCCCUUGAGUAGCCAUAUAUGCCUUGCUUGUCGCCGAUAUCCUCCUCCUGACCUUUUCUUGAAGGGUCAUUGACGGGUCUGCAUACAUGCGAACAUCCUCUGGAUAAUGAUGCCUACUCAAGGCAUGGACGGAUUGCAGCUGACUAUUCCUCCCCGUCACCCCCAACGUAACGCCCCCCAGAUCACUGGCGACAAGAUGUCCAUCACAGAAAAGCCAGUUAUGGGUGGACAGACGCCCAUGGGUCCACCGGGUGGUGCACUCGGGCCUCCUGGUGGGUGGCUUUGUCAGAAGAUGACAUGGCAUCAAGAGAUCAUAUUCAAUAUCAUGGUGGCGUUCCUUCAACUGAUCCCCCAAUCGACCCUGACAACAGUUUUUCCUGUCAGCCGCGACAUUGCGAGGUCGUUUUCGAUACGCAAUCCUUCGGUGCUUCCGUGGCUCGUCGCAGCAUAUGCCUUGUCGUUUGGGACCUUCAUACUUGUUGGCGGACGACUGGGGGAUAUCUUUGGCCACAAAACGCUGGUAGUGCUUGGGUAUUGCUUUCUCAGCUGCUGGAGUGUGGUUGCAGGCCUGAGCCACUAUGUAGGCUAUGAGCUGUUCUUUGUGGCCCGGGGAUUUCAGGGAAUUGGUGCCAGUCUCAUGGUGCCGAAUGGACUUGCCGUGUUGGGUCGAACAUAUCCGCCUGGCUCGAAAAAGAAGAUCUUCUCCUUCACCAUAUUUGGACUCUGCGCACCCGUUGGUGCGUACCUGGGAAUGAUAUUCGGCGCCCUUUUCACCAAGUUUGCAUACUGGUGGUGGAGCUUUUACACCCUUGCCAUUGUCAGCUGUCUUCUGGCCGCUUGUGCGCACCUCGUGUUGCCUUCUCCGCCGCCAACACCAAAACAGCUGCGGCCGGUCAAAGAGAAACUCGGAGAUAUGGACUGGCUUGGAGCCAUUACUGGGGUUGGCGGCCUGAUCUGUGUGCAAGUGGCUCUCGUGUCAGCGCCGGCCUCGGGCUGGAACACCCAAUACAUUUUCAUGCUCCUUAUCAUUGGUGUUCUGCUGAUGGCCUUCUUCAUCAUCACCGAACUCAAGAUUGCGAGCCAGCCCCUUGUUCCGUUCAAAAUGCUGAAAGCUGAAGUCGGCUUCGUGCUGGGCGCGGUCGCAUGCGGUUGGGCGACCUUUGGCAUUUGGACGUGGUUUCUCUGGAGAUACCUUCUUGGGGUUAAGCGAGAGACGCCACUGGACGCCGCUGUCCGGGUUGUGCCAAUUGUGCCUGUUGCGUUCAUUGCCUCAAUUUUGACCGCUUGGAUGAUGCGGAAAUGUCGGCCUUCAUGGACUCUAUUCUGGGCCUUGGUGGCAUUCACACUCGGUCCACUGCUGCUUGCCAUUGAUCCAGACGUUCGUGGGACGCCUUACUGGACCUGGACUUUCGUCAGCUUGCUCAUCAUGCCUUUUGGGAUGGACAUGUCGUUCCCGGCGGCUACGUUUAUCAUGUCCAAUUUUUUCCCUCCUCAACAACAGGGCGUCGCGGGAAGCCUCAUCAGUACCGUGGUCAACUAUUCCAUCUCAUUGGGACUCGGUCUGGCAUCGACUGUCGAGGUUCAUGUCAACAGCGAGGGCCGUGACCCGAUGGCAGGCAUCCGCGGCGGCUGGUUAAUGGGUGUCGGCCUGGGCGGGUUAGGAAUAAUCAUAUGUGUUGCCUUUGUCAUCAAGUCCAUCUUCUAUCCAGUUCCUAGCGAUCCAAAGGGACCAGGGGCAGUAGAUCAAGCUCUUGGUAACGGGGUUACCACCCCAAACGCCCGCAACGAUCCAGAUGAUUCAGAUACAAAGCUGACGUUUGCGCCGCCUCAACAACCUGCCGACGAACUGAAACCCCGCAGCACGACUGUCUCCAGCGGAGCGACGACCAUGGUUCCCGACAGUUCGGGAUCCGUGAGCCCUCAACAAAGCGACAUCGAGCUGUACAAGUCAUUCAACUUUGACACGUCCCCGCCCUCGCCGCCCAGGCCUUCGACGCCGCGGGCGACUCCUACAUACAACACCCUCAACAACAGCACCGUCACGCUCAAUCCCAACGCCAUGCCCAACGCCACUACUCCUCCUCCACCAUCACCACGACGCAGACUGACUAAGGACGCCUCUUCCAGACCGAAAAGCUUUUCGAAACAUCAACGACGCCCGCAGCAGGACAACCCAUCGUCGUUUGUCCACUCGCCAGUGAACUCCCAGUCUCAGCCGAAGUACGAUCCUGCGCGACCCUCACCUUCAACAUCGACUUUGCCUCCGCUUCCACUUCUGCCGCCGGUCCAAUUUCCCGCAGAACUCGAAGCCGCCUACCGCGGGCUUCGCGGGCAUCGGCGGCGCGAUUAAGCCGACCCUGACGAGACCACUUGAUCGGGUUCAUUGUGGACAAUCCAGCUCAGUCAUGAGAGACACUCAUCCAACGCACCUCCCACAGAAAGAGGAUGGUCCAAAUUCAGGUGGCAAACGGUCAUUACUUGCCUUUUAGUAUUUUUAAUUUGAGUUAGAGCAGGGAAGGCCGACAUGGACAAAGUCUUUCCGUGGGCCGAGGCUAAAGGUACCAUAGACACACUCCCAAGGACCGAAAGUUAGAGGGAUAGAUGGAAUAUCUAAGCAAACCGCGUGGCGCCCAGCUUUCGAAAUACAUAGAUGAGAUAGACUGACUUAUGCUUGAAUGGGGACUAGAACUGAGAAAGCAAAACUUGAAGGCCCGGGAGUAUGGCGCAGACGGAACCUGUCCCAAUAUACAAUGCUGUAUAUCGGAAGAUGAGACCUGCUUCUCGCAGUCUGUCAGGAGAAAGAUGCAUAUGGGCUGACCAAAUACACGCCAGUGCUAAGAACCUCCUUGCUCCAGUACUAGUCCUGUAUACUUACCCGCAUCAAUCCACUGUAGUGGCUCGGAGUGCAGUGAGCGUGUCUGGC